UCCUCCUCUCUUAAUCUCUAGAUUUAUCACCUAGUAGCUGCACCUUUGUUUUCAAGUUAUGUAAAUAACGCACUGGCUCACACUUCCUCCCGCACUUCACUCGCAUUAUAUCAACACACUCACUCACCCUCUUCUCCUUCUCCUACACCUCACUCCGGCUCAUAUUAUUCCCUUUUUUCCUCAAUCUCCCUCACCUUCUUCUUGCUCACGCUUUCUCUUUCAUAGAAGGCCUUCCAGAACAGCAACGAACCUGAGCAAGGCAGAAGAGGGGGUACUUUUUUGGCAGCCCUGUUUACACCUCCUUUUCAUUGAUGCUAGGAGGUCUGACUGAUGAAAAAGUGAAGGCGUAUCUGUCUCUUCACCCCCAGGUGCUGGAUGAAUUUGUGUCAGAAAGCGUAAGCGCAGAGACGGUGGAGAAAUGGCUCAAGAGGAAAAACAACAGACAAGAAGAUGAAUCCACUCCUAGGGAAGUCAGCAGGUACCAGGACACAAAUAUGCAAGGAGUUGUCUACGAACUGAACAGCUACAUAGAACAACGACUGGAUACAGGAGGAGACAACCAGCUGCUUCUGUAUGAAUUGAGUAGCAUCAUUAAAAUCGCUACAAAAGCCGAUGGAUUUGCACUGUAUUUCCUGGGAGAAUGCAAUAAUAGUCUGUGUGUUUUCACCCCUCCUGGAGCAAAGGAAGGAAAACCACGACUGAUUCCUGCUGGCCCGAUUGCUCAUGGCACGACGAUAUCUGCCUAUGUAGCCAAAUCGAGGAAGACAUUACUCGUGGAAGACAUUCUUGGGGAUGAACGAUUUCCCAAAGGUACUGGACUGGAAUCAGGGACUCGUAUCCAGUCUGUUCUUUGUUUACCAAUCGUCACCGCAAUCGGAGAUCUAAUUGGCAUUCUGGAGCUGUAUCGACACUGGGGCAAAGAAGCCUUCCAUCUCACUCACCAAGAGGUCGCAACGGCCAAUCUCUCAUGGGCCUCAGUAGCAAUACAUCAAGUGCAGGUGUGCCGAGGUCUUGCCAAACAAACCGAACUGAAUGACUUCCUUCUCGACGUAUCAAAAACCUAUUUUGAUAACAUAGUCGCAAUAGAUUCUUUACUUGAACAUAUAAUGAUAUAUGCAAAAAAUUUGGUGAAUGCCGACCGCUGUGCCCUCUUCCAAGUAGACCAGAAGAACAAGGAGUUGUAUUCGGACCUUUUCGACAUCGGCGAAGAGAACGAAGGGAAGCCCAUUUUCAAGAAGACCAAAGAAAUCAGAUUUUCUAUUGAAAAAGGAAUUGCCGGUCAAGUAGCCCGAACCGGGGAAGUUCUUAACAUUCCUGAUGCCUAUGCAGAUCCACGCUUCAACAGAGAAGUCGACCUAUACACAGGCUAUACUACCAGGAAUAUCUUGUGUAUGCCCAUUGUGAGCCGAGGGAGCGUGAUAGGCGUCGUGCAGAUGGUGAACAAAAUAAGUGGAAGUGCCUUCUCUAAAACGGAUGAAAACAACUUUAAAAUGUUUGCGGUCUUUUGUGCAUUAGCCUUACACUGUGCUAACAUGUAUCAUAGAAUUCGCCAUUCAGAAUGCAUUUACCGAGUAACAAUGGAGAAGCUCUCCUAUCACAGCAUUUGUACAGCAGAAGAGUGGCAAAAUCUCAUGCACUUCACUCUCCCAUCACUCCUCUACAAAGAUGUUGAACUAUACCACUUUGAUAUCAGCCCGUUUGAGGAUAUGUGGCCUGCCAUUUUUGUCUACAUGAUCCACCAGUCCUGUGGGCCAGCCUGCUUUGAGCUUGAAAAACUUUGUCGUUUCAUCAUGUCCGUAAAGAAAAACUAUCGGCGGGUACCGUACCACAACUGGAAGCAUGCAGUUACUGUGGCACACUGCAUGUAUGCCAUACUUCAGAACAAUCAAGGGCUUUUUACAGAUCUGGAGCGCAAAGGACUCCUGAUCGCGUGUCUCUGCCAUGACCUGGAUCACCGCGGAUACAGCAACAGCUACCUUCAGAAAUUCGAUCACCCUCUGGCUGCCCUCUACUCCACCUCCACCAUGGAGCAGCAUCACUUUUCCCAGACGGUGUCCAUCCUCCAGCUGGAAGGGCACAAUAUCUUCUCCACUCUGAGCUCCAGUGAAUACGAGCAGGUCCUGGAGAUUAUCCGCAAGGCCAUCAUCGCCACAGACCUUGCACUCUACUUUGGAAACAGGAAACAGUUGGAAGAGAUGCACCAGAAAGGAUCCCUAAACCUUAAUAAUCAAGCACAUAGAGAUCGAGUAAUUGGUCUGAUGAUGACUGCUUGUGACCUUUGUUCCGUUACAAAGUUGUGGCCAGUUACGAGAUUGACCGCUAAUGACAUUUAUGCCGAGUUCUGGGCUGAGGGUGAUGAAAUGAAGAAGCUAGGCAUUCAGCCUAUUCCCAUGAUGGACCGAGACAAAAAGGAUGAAGUCCCUCAAGGCCAACUCGGAUUCUACAAUGCUGUCGCCAUUCCCUGCUACACUACCCUCACUCAGAUCUUUCCUCCCACCGGGCCCCUCCUCCGGGCUUGCAGGGAUAAUCUCAGUCAAUGGGAGAAAGUUAUACGGGGAGAAGAAGCAUCAUUAUGGAUUUCAGCCCAGCCAUUGGCUUCUGAGCCAUCCCAUUCACUGCCUGUGAAGAUCGACGAUUGAUCAGUAGUGACUAUUGCUAUGUUCCAGAACGAUAGCAGCGUACUACUCUCUCUUGUUUUUUUUUUUUUGUUGGGGGGUGGGGUGGGAGGAAAAAAAAAGCUACAGUGACUCUCUCGGACCCAGACCUCUUCCAGGAGGUCCAACUAAGGAAUUAGAUGUCUCAGCUGGGUCACCGUCUACUCAUCCCCUUAUUUACGUGUGGGUGUCUGAUUAAGCCAAGAGCCACCCGGACUACUCAAAUGUUUUGGAAUCAGCUGUCGAGUCGAACUUUCUACGAACUGGUAAAUCGGCCUUUCCUCACAGGCUACUUUGCCGAGGCCUUAAUUUAAAACCUACAAAGAUUCAGAGGGGGCACUUUUAAAUUGGAUCUUUCUAGCGAGGGUUUGAAAUGGUACUUUUACUCUACUGUACUCUGGCUGGCUUUAACACCGAUGUCGCUUAGGAGUUCUUGGUUAUUAUAAAUAGGAAUUUUUACAAA